AUGAACUGCUGCACAACCUCAUUGCUACCUGUAAAGACCCUUCAUCAAAAUUUUUAUUGUUCCUUCUUUAGGUACAUUUACAACCAAAUCAGCUUCAACUUCACAGUUUCCCGAAGGAUGUUUAGCAAGUCUCCCUCGUGGAUGGUUCAAUCCGAGGGUAAUAUUAAAAGGCAAAAGCUUUCCAAUGAGGAACUGAAUAUUUUACUUUCAGAUCAAGACGAUUGGAUGGAUUAUAUGAGCGAUAAUAUUGUUAGUGAGGCAGAUGCGCUUGGAAACCUCCCAUCAAAGGACUUUACUCGCAACAGUACCAAUAUUGAUCUGAAUCAUGAAAAGAAACCUAGUCUAGCUACAAGGGCAAAAAGUUUAUCAGGUGCAAUCCCAAUACAGGUAACUUCUAGUAGAAUACCGUUCCCUUUUAAAACAGAACCAGAUGAAAAUCAAAAACUAUAUGAAGAUAAACAUCGAAUUGCAAAUGGUAUGCCAAUUGAAACUCCUAAAACUUCUCAUAAAAUACUUAAUUCGAUAACUAAUAUGAAACAAGAAUUAGGCAUUACUCAGUCCAUCCCAUUAUCUAACAGUGAUACCGGGGAUACCAAAACAGAAACAUAUAAUAACGUCGGUAACGAAACGAAAGUCAAUACCAAUACAUCUACAGACGGAGUUUCCGGCAAUCUUACUUUAGAUGACUCAAGUCUCGAAGUUAUUAAUGAACAAAAGAAAGUUAAAUACGAUCAGAAGUUUACUUUAAUGACUCAAGCCCCAACAUUCACGGACAUGGAAGAUCUUAAUAAGUUGCAUUUACCAGAUAAUACGAAGAUUAAGAUACCAAUUAGACUCAGUAGAGAACAAGAAAGUAUUAUCGAAUUGGCCCAAAGAGGGCUGAAUAUUUUCUAUACAGGUAGUGCUGGUACUGGUAAAUCUGUUUUAUUAAGAGAAUUGAUUAAAAGUUUGAAACGUAAAUACGGAUCAGAAGAAGUUGCUGUUACAGCAUCCACUGGUUUAGCAGCUUGUAAUAUUGGUGGUAUUACGGUGCACUCUUUUUCUGGAAUUGGAUUGGGUAAAGGUGAUGCCAAUCAGUUAUUUAAAAAGGUAAGACGGUCCAAAAAACACUCGAAACGUUGGGCGACAAUCAAGGCUUUAGUCAUUGACGAAAUAUCUAUGCUUGAUGGACAUCUUUUGGAUAAAUUAGAUUUUAUAGCAAAGAAAAUUAGGAAGAAUCAUGGCCCAUUCGGAGGUAUUCAACUAGUCUUUUGUGGUGAUUUUUUUCAACUACCUCCUGUUUCUAAAGAUCCUCAGAAUCCAACAGUAUUUGCCUUUGAAUCGAAUGCAUGGAAAACUGGGAUUCAGACAACAAUUAUGCUACAGAAGGUGUUUCGACAGCAAGGUGAUAUUAAAUUCAUUGAUAUGUUAAAUAAAAUGAGACUUGGGAAAAUCGAUGAUGAGACUGAAAGAGAAUUCAGAAAACUUAGCCGGUCUUUACCCAAUGAUGAAAUUAUCCCUGCAGAACUUUAUAGUACUCGAGCUGAAGUCGAUAGGGCAAAUUUUUCAAGGCUGAAUAAACUUCCCGGUAUGGUGCGGACAUUUGAUGCAAUGGAUGGAGGAAGUUUGGAGGAUAAAGAGAUGAAAGAGAGACUGCUCCAAAACUUUCUUGCUCCUAAAACCUUACAGCUAAAGGUUGGAGCACAAGUGAUGAUGCUUAAGAAUGUUGAUGCAACGCUAGUAAAUGGUUCCUUAGGAAAGAUCAUUGAGUUUGUCGAUCCUGAGACAUAUAUGUUUUACCAAACUCUAAAAGAGAAUCCUGACAUCUCACCUGCUGAUGCUGAGAGAUUGCGUCGAAAUCCAGAUCUUCUACGAUCGGCAUGGGAGGAAGAAAAUGAUACUGAUUCUGCUGUAAGACAGAAAAGCACAAAAGAGGCAUUUUGCAAGACAACACAAAAAGAAGGUAAUACGCCUUUAGAUGAAAGUAUUUUCGAUUUUUUGAAAGAUGAAAGUGGGGAGAAUAAGGAUUUACAAGGGAACAUCAGUAGGAAGAAACAAUUGCUACAAGAUAUUCAUAACUCUUCAAGUGGAAGGAAAUUGCCUCUAGUUAGAUUCAAGACAUCGGAUCUUGCAACAAGAACCGUUCUUGUAGAGCCUGAAUGUUGGGAAAUAGAGGAUGAAAAUUCAAAGCCAAUUGUCUCAAGAGUGCAGUUACCAUUGAUGCUUGCAUGGUCAUUAUCAAUUCAUAAAUCCCAGGGUCAAACGCUCCCGAAAGUAAAAGUAGACCUUAGAAGAGUAUUUGAGAAAGGGCAAGCGUAUGUUGCCUUAUCUAGAGCUGUUUCACGAGAUGGAUUACAAGUGUUAAAUUUUGAUAGAAGUAAAAUCUUUGCCCAUGAAAAAGUCGUUGAUUUCUACAUGACGUUGGUAUCAGCAGAAGUAGUAAUGAAGAAAUUGGAAAACCAGCCCAUUGUUAAUACACUAGAACCAAACAGAGAAAUACGUUAUGCACCUAAUAACGGACUUCCUCGUGUUAAUACCCCGUAUAAACCUAAAUCAAGAUCUUCGACACCCAAUAACAAUCAUGAUGGGAUUCAAAAUCUCCUGAAGGCCCAUAGUAAGAAAAGAUCCAAAUAG